AUGACCCACCAAACACAUCCCUACCACAUAGUUAACCCAAGCCCCUGACCACUAACAGGAGCUCUCUCUGCCUUCCUAUUAACUUCCGGCCUAAUUAUAUGAUUCCACUUCUACCUCACCCUUCUCCUAACCGCCGGUUUACUAGCCAGCAUAGCCACAAUAUUCCAAUGAUGACGUGAUGUUGUACGAGAAAGCACAUAUCAAGGUCACCAUACUCCGCCCGUUCAAAAAGGCCUUCGAUACGGAAUAAUUUUAUUUAUCAUUUCAGAAGUAUUCUUUUUCGCCGGCUUCUUCUGAGCAUUCUACCACUCCAGCCUAGCUCCUACUCCACAAACAGGAGGACACUGACCCCCUACAGGUAUUCUACCCCUUGACCCAAUAGAAGUCCCACUCCUAAACACAGCCGUACUGUUAGCAUCGGGAGUCACAAUCACUUGAACACAUCACAGCCUAAUAGAAGCUAAUCAAAAAGAAUCAACCCAAGCCCUAGCCAUAACAAUUGCACUAGGAAUUUAUUUCACCCUGCUGCAAAUAUCAGAAUACUCAGAAACCCCCUUUACCAUUUCAGAUGGAAUUUACGGCUCUACAUUUUUUAUAGCCACAGGAUUCCACGGACUCCAUGUCAUUAUUGGAACUACCUUCCUCACAAUAUGCUACAUUCGCCAACAACUCCACCACUUUACACCUAACCACCACUUCGGCUUUGAAGCUGCCGCAUGAUACUGACACUUCGUAGACGUGGUAUGACUAUUCCUUUAUAUCUCUAUCUACUGAUGAGGAUCCU